AUGCAAACUACUACAUUUGUUUUCCCUGGCAUAGCUUAUGAUUUAGAGUAUCAACAAGAAUGGGUUAAAGUACACACAUGUGGAAUUUCAAUUCAUCCAGAUAGUAUUAAACAUAUUAUUUAUUGUCAAUCUGAUGAAGCUACAAUAAGUUGUUGUCAAGACCACAGGCAAUCUCUAGUCAUCAAGCAUAUAAGAGAUGAAUGGAAUCCAUAUGUAUUUCAUAUUCGACAUGGUGUACGAUGUUUUCAUUACAAUGCAACACUUAAACUAUUAGUGACUGGAUGUUCGCAUAAAGUUUAUAUAUGGAAUCCAGUAGUAACAAAAAUAUAUCUUGCUAAAUUAGAAGGGCAUAAAAAUUCAGUUGUAGAUGUUAGAAUUUUUGAACAUUUCAAUCUUGUGAUUAGCAUUUCAAAGGACGAAGUACUCAAGGUAUGGAGUUUAAAUACCUAUGUUUGUUUACAAACAAUUCAAUUUGAUUUCCCAGUGUAUAAUGUACUCGGAAAAUCUGUUGAAUUUAGUGCUCGAACAUUUUAUCCAGGACCAAUCAUAAAACAACCACCAGAAGAACAGGCGUCACUAAAGUCCAUUGAUGCAAGUAAUAUAACUAGCGUACAAACAAGUGUUUAUAUGCCCAAGUUAGUAAUUUUAAAUACAUCUAUAUAAAUAAUAAAUACUCAAUAUUUUAUAACAACCAAAAUGUUUUUUUCAGGGAAAACUGGGAAUCUGAAGUAUUGUUAAUUGUUUGCUCUAACUAUUUAUCAAUAUUAAAACAAAAUUUAAAGGAUUAUUCCCAAAAUCAUUCUCCUCUCCCUCCGCCAAUAGAAGACAAAAAACCAGCGCUUCCAUCAGAAUGGAGUUUCAGUGACACCGAUCAGAUUAUCCCUGACGAAAUUGAUAGCACAUUAAUAGAAUCACCGAAAGUAGAUAAUUAUAAAAUAAAAAAAUUACUUAUUAAAUCAAGACCUCCGUUAGACCAUGAAGCUUUUAACCUGGAUACACAUAAAAAACCGAUAAAUACUAAAAUGAAGAAGCAUGUAGAUGAAAUGGUAAAAAAUGGAACACCUUAUUUAGCAAUGCACUUAUGUCCAGUAUAUAAAUUAGAACUGUCUAAGAACUUGGUGUUGAGCGAU